AUGGUUUUGGGAUAUAUAUAUCCUAAAGACCGCUGAUUUGCUCACUUUUCCCUCUCCUUAAUACUCUCUGAUUAAAACACCCUAUUACUACCACAAUAUUGGACACCAUGAGCUGGUCAAAAGUGUCAGAUCGCCGCUGGGAGCGCCCCGUAAAUGGCAUGGAGGGCUAUUUUGUCACAACUGGGAACUUGACUGCAUCACUCUGCGAUGGCCGCGAGCACUAUGUGAUCUUUUCCAAGGUCAAAGUGGAUAUAAAGAUACCGGACGUGGCAUUAGCGCUGAAGAACGCGUGGAAGCAACUGCGACACGAACAGCCCCAGAUCGCCAGCACUGUAGAGGGCAUGAAGAAGGUGUAUGAGGUUCCGGAUGAGGCGGCGUUGGAGGAGUGGCUUGCAUCGACUUUUAUUGUUUCUUCCUGUCAGGAUGCGGAGGAGCUGUAUCGGAAUUCGGAACCGAUUAAGCAGGCUACGCUGUAUUAUCUGCCUCAGUCGUCGGAGCUCGUGCUGAGAGCGCAUCAUUAUACGCUGGAUGGGACGGGGGCGAUCAUGUUCUGGGAUCGCUACUUGAGCAUGCUGGUCAACCCAGCAAAGGAUAUGCAGUUUGGAGAUGAGCAUGCCAGACUAGCACCCGCGCUGGAAGAAGCACUGGGCUACUCAGAACCAUCGACGGAAGAGCAGAAAGAAAAAGCAAAAGCCCGCCUGAUGGAGUACGCCGGGAAUAUACCUGGAAUCGGGCCUGUAUCGAAACUCGGAAGUGCACCAUCGGGUCGACGCCAGAAUGCAGAACUUUUGUUUUCGAAAGAAACCACCGCAGCCAUUAUCGCGGCGUGCAAGGAAAAGGGAAUCACCGUUACAUCUGCCGUCCAUGCAGCAUACGUUCAAACGAUGAUGAGGUAUGCAGACCCCAAAUCCAAACUAUCAAAAUACGUGACGGCAAAUCUAUUCAACCUACGAUGUCAUCUACCUGCACCAUACAAUUCCAGCCAACACGCAGUGUCUGUCUACUAUACCCCGCAACCAUUCUACCUCGCCCUCCCGUCUUCCUUCUGGCAUACAGCCCAAGUACUUAAUAAGUACUACAAGACCACUUUCAGAGAUAACCGCGAACUCCUUGAGCUGAACGGACCGUUCACACGCGCCCUCUGCGAUGUCGCCCAGACUCCAGAGUUCCUCGCGAGUCCGCCACCCAAAGACGCGCUGGUAAGCAGUCUCGGAAUCGCAGAGAAACACGUGCAGCGAACAUACGGCCGCACAGUCACAGUCAAGGAUCUGAAGGUGGGGGUCGAUGUCGUCUUGGGGAUGAGCAUGAUGUUCUUGUACACAUUCCAGGACCAGCUGCGGUUAGUGUACUGUUUUAACGAGGGCUUCGAGGAGACGCCGAAUAUCCAAACGUACCUGAACGAAAUCCGGACGGUUCUGGAGGAGGAACUGCUGAACCGACAGCGGAACUGGUUGCUGUCAUAUUGCAAUGUGAUGUAGCAGUAUGCAGACAGUGCAGGGUGGGUACAUGCACAGUGGCAUCCCCACAGAAACCUUAAUGGCUGCAGAGAACAAGGGACGUGCAGUAUCCACAUGUAUAAGAUCGACAUGAUAUAAUGACAGAUUGAAUGGAAAUAGUCAUAUGGCUUUGGAAUUGGCAUUAGUUCAUCCCGUGCGUAGGACAGGUAGUCUAGUCAAGUCAUACAAGAUCAUCCGGUGUGACGAGUCAAAUCAAAAGCAAUAUAUUAAUUGCCUGUUCAUCUGCAAGGUGGAUAAAUAGUCAAUGCAAGCCCAAUCAGUCAAGAGAAC